AGUGUUUAUACUUCAUUUGAAAUUUCUGUGUGGUGCCGUCUUGUUGGUGUGGUAAUUCAAUCAACAUUUUACAUUCGGCUCACUACAAAUUCAUAAGUUUUAGAUUGUUUUGUUCUAAUUAUUAUACUACUUUUAAUAAUAUUUACCUUUUCCAAUUUAUUAACUACUAUUAAAGAUGAAGCUAAAGACUAAUAAUUCUGCUAAGAAGCCCAUGAAUACAAACAAAAAUAAGUCUCCGAAGAAACAAGGUAAAGGUGGUGUACAAGUUAGAAAAGAAAAACAAAAGGAUAUUGUCAAGCCAACUGUAUUGAAAAAAGAAGGAGAAAAAACUAAAGUAGAAACACCUCCUAAUCCUGAAAAAUUGGCACUACAAGAGUUAUGGUCUAAAGCUAUUCAAAAUGUUUCAAAUAUGACUAAUCUUUCUGAGGAAGAGAGUAGUGUUGCUAAGCUAUUAGGAGAUUAUAAAAAUAAAUCUUCUAUUCCUCAGAGGAGUUCAAAACUGAAAAAUAUGAUUACUAAAGGAUUUUCCAAAUUUAAGGAUACUAGUGAUGAAGUAUUGGAUGGAGUUUAUGAAAAAUUAAUCAGUGAAUUCAAAGCUGUUGGUGGUAACGUAGAUAGUAUAAAUAAAGACACUAAAGUUAGGCCUAAAAAAACAGAUUCCAAGACUCCAAAAUCCAAAAAAGAAGAAGCUUCUAAUGAUGAAGUAAUGGACGACGAUGAUGAAGAUGAUGACGAUGAAACCGAUGGUCUUGAAGUAGAUGAAAUCAACGAUGAUGAUGAAACUGCUGAAGGUCUUGAAGUAGAUGAUGAUGAAGAAGAAAGCGAAGAAGAAAAGCCUAAGCCUAAAGCUAAGGGUGGUUUCAAAAAUGGAAAAGGUAAAAAUGGUUCAAAAUUUAAAGGUGGCAAAGUACAGAAAAAUAAAAAGUUUAAUAAGAAAAAGUAAGUUCUACAGUUUGUAACUUAAAUUUUUAAAUUUUUGACUUUUUUUAUGAUUUUAACUUUGUAAUUGUAUAAAUUUACAAAAAAUUAAUUAUAAUAAAUAUUGCUAUUUAUAAUGAA